CUCUUCGCUCGCGCGCUUUAUGCUAAUCACCUCUAGUCACUGUGCUGCGCGCACGAGCUGAGCGCGCACCAGCAGCAGUUUCCAGCCGCGCUCGUGAGGCCGACCGUUAGUUUCUCCUCCGGCUCCUCUCCUCCUCUCCACCCCGCUCUGCUCGUCACUCUGUCGGUGUGGAUCCAGCUUGUUCUCCCGGUUCUCCUCUGGGGGUUAAACUCUCCGCUUCCCCGGUCUACUCGGUUCUUGCGCUUCUCUGUAAAGUUUGGUCUCGGUCGGUCCGCCGGUUCCCCGCUGACAGCUGUUGCAGCUCCGGUACUAACCGUCACUUUGGACCCGGUUCCCCACCGUCUGCUCCCUCCGUCAUUUAAAAGUGUUUAGACCCGGUUCCCGGUAGCCUUCUUCCCGGUUUCCGUUUCAGACAUGGGUUGGAGUGUCCCGGUUCUGCUGUCAUUCAUCUGUGUUGGACUCUCGGUGGGAGUACCGGACGGACCGGACGUUCAAGUGAUCGACGUGUUGAGUCUUCAGGACUCGAAGCAGAGCGUGGCGGCGGUGGAGAAGCUGUCGGGUGGUCUAAGCUCACUCAGUGACGUCUACGUGGUGUCCACGUUUCGGCUGCCGGCCAAGUUGGGUGGCGUCCUGCUCGGUGUCUACAGCAAACAGGACAACAGGAAGUACCUGGAGGUCGCAGUCAUGGGCAAGAUCAAUAAAGUCCUGGUGCGCUAUGUGCGAGCUGAUGGGAAGCUCCACACGGUGAACCUGCAGAACGCUCACCUUGCAGACGGGCGCACUCACUCCAUCAUCCUGAGGCUUGCUGGUCUGCAGCGUGACAACAUGAACAUGGAGCUCUAUGUCGACUGCCGAUUGGCCGACUCCAGCCAGGGCCUGCCCUCGUUGGUCCCCCUGCCCAGAGAGGCGGAGAUGGUGGAGGUGAGACACGGACAGAAGGCCUACGCCCGACUACAGGGUGCAGUGGAGUUCCUCAGGAUGGCUCUAGGAGGCACAAUUGCUAAAGCCGGAGCUCUGACUGACUGUCCCUUCCAGGGAGACUCUUCAGCCUAUAACUCAGUAAGCGGGGAGGUGAACUCCAUCCUGGGUGAUCACACCAAGGCUCUGAUUGGUCAGCUCAUCAUCUUCAACCAGAUCCUAGGAGAGCUGAGACAGGACAUCAGAGAGCAGGUGAAAGAGAUGUCUCUGAUCAGAAACACCAUCCUGGAGUGUCAGGUUUGUGGUUUCCAUGAGCCUCGCUCCCGCUGCUCUCCUAACCCCUGCUAUAAGGGCGUGUCCUGCAUGGAGAGUGUGCAUUACCCAGGUUAUACCUGUGGACCCUGCCCACCGGGGACCUCCGGUAAUGGCACGCACUGUCACGACAUCGACGAGUGUGAGCAGCAGCCCUGUUUCUCUCCUGAAGCCUGUGUGAACACUGUGGGGGGGUUCAUCUGUCUGCCCUGUCCUCCAGGACUGUGGGGGGCGUCGCUCGCUGGGACCGGACUGGACUACGCCAACAAACACAGACAGGACUGUGUGGAUAUUGAUGAGUGUGUGGACCUCCCAGACGCGUGUGUCUCACACUCUGUGUGCAUCAACACUGUGGGCUCCUACAAGUGUGGAGGCUGUAAACCCGGUUUCCUCGGCAACCAGACGUCGGGGUGCUUCCCCAGGAAGUCGUGUGCUGCGUUAACCUUUAACCCCUGUGACAUCAACGCCCACUGCACCAUGGAGAGGAGUGGAGAGGUCGCCUGCAGGUGUAACGUGGGUUGGGCUGGUAAUGGUAACACGUGUGGAACAGACACAGACAUUGACGGGUAUCCUGACCGCUCGCUGCCCUGCAUGGACAACGACAAACACUGCAAACAGGACAACUGUGUGUUCACCCCCAACUCUGGACAGGAGGACGCCGACGGAGACGGGAUCGGAGAUCAGUGCGAUGAGGACGCCGACGGAGACGGCAUCAAGAAUGUGGAGGAUAACUGCCGGUUGGUCCCUAACAAAGACCAGCAGAACUCAGACAGCGACUCGUUCGGAGACGCCUGCGAUAACUGUCCCAACGUCCCCAACGCAGACCAGAAGGACACGGACAGCAAUGGGCAGGGAGACGCCUGCGACCAGGACAUCGACGGGGACGGUAUUCCCAACGUUCUGGAUAACUGUCCGAAGGUGCCGAACCCGAUGCAGACGGACAGAGACAGAGACGGCGUGGGAGACGCCUGUGACAGCUGCCCUGAACUCAGCAAUCCCAUGCAGACGGACAUCGACAACGACCUGGUGGGAGACGUUUGUGACACCAACCAGGACAUGGACGGAGACGGCCUCCAGGACAGCAGAGACAACUGCCCGGACAUCCCCAACAGCUCCCAGCUGGACUCUGAUAACGAUGGCCUCGGAGACGACUGCGACCACGACGACGACAACGACGGCGUCCUCGACGACUACGACAACUGCAGACUCGUCGUCAACCCCAACCAGAAAGACUCCGACAUGAACGGUGUUGGAGACGUCUGUGAGAACGACUUUGAUAACGAUGCAGUGAUGGAUUUGGUGGACGCGUGUCCGGAGAGCGCUGAGGUCACGCUGACAGAUUUCAGAGCCUAUCAGACGGUCAUCCUGGACCCAGAGGGCGACGCCCAGAUUGACCCCACCUGGGUGGUUCUAAACCAGGGCAUGGAGAUCGUCCAGACGAUGAACAGUGACCCGGGUUUAGCUGUGGGCUACACAGCAUUUAACGGCGUCGACUUCGAGGGAACGUUUCACGUCAACACGGUAACGGACGAUGACUACGCCGGCUUCAUCUUCGGGUACCAGGACUCCUCGAGUUUCUACGUAGUGAUGUGGAAACAGACGGAGCAGACGUACUGGCAGUCGCUGCCCUUCAGAGCUGCGGCCCAGCCCGCCCUACAGCUCAAGGCGGUGAAGUCUCGGACCGGACCCGGAGAGUUCCUGAGGAACGCCCUGUGGCACACCGGAGACACACCCGGAGAGGUGAAGCUGCUCUGGAAGGAUCCCCGAAACGUCGGCUGGAAGGACAAAACCUCGUACCGCUGGCAGCUGAGCCACCGGCCGCAGGUUGGCUACAUGAGGGUGAAGCUGUUUGAGGGCACAGACUUGGUGGCCGACUCCGGCGUUGUGAUUGACACCACGAUGAGAGGAGGUCGACUCGGCGUUUUCUGUUUCUCGCAGGAAAACAUCAUCUGGUCCAACCUGCGCUACAGAUGUAACGACACGCUGCCCGAAGACUUCCAGACUCAUCGUCAACAGUUUCUGAUGCACAUCCGGGUGUGAGGGAGACGUGACUGUGAGUGACGCUCCAGAGCAACACAUGCAAACAGUCUGCACGCCGUCUGGCCCUUUAAAUAUUGUUUCCUUUGUCUUUUCAUCACACACAUUUACGCACACUGUGACGGCGUAUUCGGCCCAUCGUAGGUCAUAACAUACAAUUACAGAGCCGGGGGGGGGGGCUUUCUCUGAGAAAGUCAGUCAUGUAUUUUCUGAUAAAUGUACCACUUUAAACGAGCAUAACCCCGUCCACUGGUAGAGAUGGCUUUGGUUCGGAGGAGAAGUGGAAUAUUCCUUUAAAUGUUUCCGUGUGUUUUUAAAUGUACAUAUCUUUGUGGAAAUAAACUCCCGUCCGUGACUUUU